ACGGCGCGUGGGAGGGCGUUAGAUAGAAUAUCUAAUGGGCCGUAAGAAGAAAAAGACGGGCGAGACAAAGACAAGCGAGCCCAACCCGUUUGGAGUGAAAAAGGCCCCCAAAAAGAAGAACAAGAAGAAGAGAAAGAAGAGGAAGAAGGUGAAACAGCGAGAGAGUUGCCAUUCUAAUGUUCUGAGAUGUGAGAGAGAUAGUUGCCAUGGUUUUCCUGAUCAGGUUGCGGAGGGAGAGAUGGCUGUGGAGGAAGUACUGUUACUAGCAAUGAGUCAGGGAGCUAAGAGGGGCCGGGGGAAGAAGGUAAAGGGAGGAGGCAGAAGAGAGGGGGAGAAGCUGAGGGAACAGAAAUCACAGGCUCUCGAGGAAGCGGUGAACGAAACUAUUGCUCAACUGGCAACUGUACUGCAUCUAUAGCAACCAGUAAUCACAACCAUCUUGCACUAAAUGCUAUGGCAACAGCACUCAUGCCUUAUUCUCUACUUCAUUCUAAUAUUUAAUGUGUAAUAAUAAUCUUUGAUAUCGACUGAUGAAAUUACCAACAAUUAAAUAGCACAGCACAUUAACACAAAACAGAUGAGAUUAUGGUAGAUAAAAGCUAUAUUUAGUAACAGUUCCAAUAGCAGCGAGUGUGGUGACUGGGGGGAGGGGCAGGUCAGGAAUAGAUGGUGAUGACCUCGUGACCUCCACCUCUCACCAUUAGCACUCUCUCAAGACCUUCGGUCAGGACAUCCAGAAAUUCCAUGUCUUUCUCCUCGUCGGCAUGGUUACGAGGUGGCCCUGGGAGAUUGAUGAUAACGAGGGAGGCAUCGUGGGAUUUCUGAACGAU